UCCAUCCUGCAUCCCUUCAACCUCGAGGUAAGCAGUAUUGAGAGAGAAUUGGACAUAAAAUGAAUAACAGACCGGGUGGAGAGGCUGUGAUAGCCGUUCAAGAACGAGCAAGGAUUGGAGGAGUUGAAGUGUCAAGACAGACAGUGAUAGCUGCAACAGAUGAGGGUAUUGUGGCUGUUCAAGUGGAUUCUGUGGGACAAGUGGGCGGCAACCGUUCAGCAUUACCAUUACCAGGUGGACGCCCAGCGUUAGCAGGGGGUCCUCGGUAUCCAACGCCGGCGGUGAGCUACGAGGACGAGAGGGGCUGUACAGAUUACUGUUGUUUGGCGUGUGACAGCGAUUAUAAGUGGUACAGCUUAAAAGGAAAAGGAUGUUUCUGGUUUAUGGUUCUUUUGUUGUUUUAUUUGAUCGUGGGUACCAUACUGCUGCCGUUUUUUAUCAUCUACCUGGUGUGCCUGUGCAUAUGUUAUCCUCUUGGCUGCUGUAAAGAUAAUGACGACACAGACAGGCCACUUUUUAGGUCAUAAAGUGGGACAGUUUAUCCUCGCUCGACUUGGAAGCAUCACGAACCUUCAGUUAUAAUGACCGUACUUUUUGGCUGAUGUAUGAGAAGUCUAACACUUACUUUACGUCUUACUCGUAAAAAGUCGAGAAAAGAAACGCAGAAUUUGAGGUGGCAGUUAGGUCUAAUCGACAUUUACGGACUUGUUGAGCGUAAUUCAUGUACAAUUGAGAGCUAUUUGUAUCUGGACUAUCUCACAGUGUUUUUUUUUUUGUCUAUACCUUUUAAAACUUAUUUUGGACGCAUUAUAAGUUCUGAACGACUAAUACUACUGCCAAGAUAACGGCCAAUUUGUCAAAUUAAUAAAUCUCAGCGGGUUUGAUCGGGGACCACACUCAAGUAGAGAAAUGACACAGGCAAAGAAUAGAUACUCCUGAUCGUUUUGGGCCGGUUGAAGGAAAAUUUGUGCCAACCAGGUCAUUGAUAGCCUCAUGUGCGCAAAUUUUUCCUUAACUGGGAUCCGAUUCGUUUAAGAUUGUACAUUAACAAGAUUAAGCGCAGUGAUCUCAGAUGACUUCAUUUGGAAUGAUUUCCAAUUUUCCCUCUGAAAAUGUUUUCGUAGAGAUAGCUGUGCUGAAACCAUAAUAAUCAUACCAGGCAAUCAAAGCGAAGGAGAUAUUACAAGGAACCAAUAAGGAUUCAAAGUGAAAUCAAGGAAAGCGCUCCUAGCGCGGGAAAACGUGAGCGGCCAAAAGUUAUGAUUGGUUGUAGUUUUGAAUCUGAUUGGUUGAGAAAGUGGAACGCGGAGAUUUCUGGACCAAUCACAUAUCAAGUAAAGCAAAAAGAAAGCAAUUCCGGAUUACUUCCAAUACUUAACUGAAAAUUGCUCUAAUCUUGUUACAUUCUUCCAAGCUGUGAACUACAAAAUUAUUGAAAAUCUUCAUUUUAAUCAAACUAUUCUUUUUUUAUUCUAUUUUACUCCUCCUGACUAGGAUGAAAACUGAAUAUCGUGGCAUUAAUUUUUCUAAGAGAGGAUUUUUUUUCCCUUCGAUCAAUAUCAGAGUAAUGUUUAAGGGUUCAUCAACAUUAAUAACUAUUAAAUUGUUUAAAAUUUAAAGGAUACAAAACGGGCGCAUUUCAUGGGCAAGGGCUAAACAAAAGGUGCGGACAUUAAUGCAGUGAUUCCUUCCUGUGAAACUUAUCUCAUGAAUUUGCACGUCACCCAGUCGCCUUUAUUUCUGAUGAAUUUGCCAAGUUUUGGAUUAUUUUAGAUGUGAUCAAUUAUAUUAUUAAUUUCGAAUUAUCUAGUUUCUGCUGUGUUAGUCACCAUCUGGCAUUGACUACUGUGGGAUAUAGUGUUUAUUUUCUUGAGUUCUGGGCUGUUUGUUGCUCAAGGUUUAAUCAUAUUUUGUUGACGACGAAGGGUUAUAUAUUAGAGUCAGUUAGAACUCUUCAA